AUGAUUGUUCCUAAGACCCUGGUCAUUCUCGCCACGGUCCUUACUGCCACCGCAACCAGGGUCCAUAACCAAAUAGGUGGAGAUGCCUGGAUCCAGGACAAUCAGGGUCACGACUACGCUUUUAAGCGCGGAAAGACUGUCACUAUUGAUGGCGGAUGGGCCUUUAUCUGGAGAGAUAAAUCAAUUUAUUGCCCUGAGAGUUCAGCGGCCUUCGGCUGGCCAUCUGGCUAUGGCGACGUCUAUCUAAAGGAUGAUGGCCACCUUUAUGAUUCUUCAAAUAAUAUGCUUUCUGACGGAGCGUGGAUCUGCCCUUGGUCGUGA